CGCAUGCGUAUUCCGCGCCACGCCCCGGGCAUAAAUCUUACUAGUAUGGAGCCGACUGAGAGCCCCCGGUCGGAGGUGAAUUAUACACCGGGAGAUUGGAAACAAGUAGAAGUAACUUCAAGCCUCAUGUCGGAAGAAAAGGAGCAAGAGCUGUUUGAGUCUAACGAUGUUGACACUGAGACAACCAGAGAAGAGAAGCAAGGAGGCGGUACCGAGAGCGGCCUAGAAUGGACCGGUUUGAUGGCAGAGGAAAAUUGUUUGUUGAAGAAACUUGAAAUUAGUGUGUCAGAAGCUGAAAAAAGGACAGGAAAAAAUGCAGUAAACAUGCAAGAGACCUACACAGCUUAUCUGAUAGAGACCAGGUCACUAGAAAGCCAACCUGAUGGGCAGAAUGCCCCUUUGGAUGCUCUUUGGAGGCGGUACAGUGAGUUUGAGUUACUGCGAAACUAUCUGUCAAUCAGUUACCCCUUUGUGGUUGUACCUCCUUUGCCAGAAAAAAGGGCGGAAUUUGUGUGGCACAAGUUGUCUGCUGAUAACAUGGACCCUGAUUUUGUUGAGAGACGAAGGAUCGGCCUGGAGAACUUCCUUCUUCGCAUUGCCUCUCAUGAAAUACUUUGUCGUGAUAGGAUCUUUAAUUUAUUUUUAACAAAGGAAAAUGGGUGGAAGGAUAUAGUAAAUGAAGCUGUAUUACAAGUAAAGGUAGACUCUAGGCUAAAGGCUCUAAAUGCAACAUUUCGUGUUAGAAAUCCAGACAAGAGGUUUACAGAACUGAAGCACUACAGUGAUGAGUUGCAGUCUGUCAUCUCUCACCUCCUUCGCGUUCGAGCAAGGGUUGCAGACCGGCUCUAUGGUGUUUACAAAGUUCACGGGAACUAUGGCAGAGUGUUCAGUGAAUGGAGUGCAAUUGAAAAGGAGAUGGGGGAUGGUCUGCAAAGUGCUGGACAUCACAUGGAUGUAUAUGCUGCAUCUAUUGAUGAUAUACUAGAAGAGGAGGAGCAUUAUGCUGAUCAGCUGAAGGAAUAUCUCUUUUAUGCGGAAGCCCUACGGGCAGUUUGCAGGAAACAUGAACUCAUGCAAUAUGACCUGGAAAUGUGUGCUCUGGAUCUCGCAUCUAAGAAACAGCAGAUUGAGGAUCUGGCAACUGGAACAAUAAAAGCCUUUUCACUAAAGGGAAUGACCAGCAAGCUGUUUGGUUUAGAAACUCCAGAGCAAAGAGAAGCUAAAAUAAAACUCUUAGAAGAGCAAGUAGAGGAAGGAGAGGAGCAGCUGAAGGCGCGAAACCUGGAGAGCAGGGGAUCCAAGUGUGGACAAAUGCAAAGGAGUGCUUCAGUAAGAUGUGAUGAGAGGCUACACAUCCACUAUGAAGUGCCAGAAUCAAGAAGCACAUAUAACUUUGCGUUUAAUAUAGAGCUGCAAGGGAAUGAUGUAUGCAGACAGAAGUACACUGUUCCAAUGCUCGGCCAACAGAAUUAUUUGCGUUUUGUUAAUGCAUUAAGCAAUCACUAUACAUAAUUGACACCAUGAACUGAGUCCCCCAGAAUAAGCCAAGGAACUCUUCAUCUCCUUACUGUUUCUCAUAAGGAUGGAUUUGUAACUGUUUUGUUAGAUGUUAAUGGUUAGCUGGAAGGAAAUGGUUUUGAAGGGAACAGCGGAGGAUAUUUUUUAAGCUCAUUAACAGAUACGUUUCUUAAAGGGACAUUAAACACUAAAUAAAUGCUAGAUAAAAUGAUGCAUCCAAAGAAAAGAUUAGUCUGAGAAUAACAUAUAGAUGGAUUUUUUUAGUUUCAUUAGCUAUUUAAAUAUUGACAAAAUAAGUGUACAGUUUUAAUGUCUAGAAAACAACGGGAGCUGCCAUGUUGUAACUUAGGUUACCUUCUCUGCUGUGGCCAAUUACGGACAGUUAUAAAUAAGUCACUAGAGUGUGCAGCCAAUGACUGUGCCACUUCCAUUUAUAACAGGAACUGAAAAGCUCACAAUAUCAGAAUGGAAUUACAGGAAACGUGGGGGGAAAAAGACAGUAUAUUGCAGACUUCUUUUUAUAUAUGUAAUUUAUCAUUUUAUAUUACCAUCUUAAAGUGUUUAAUGUCCCUUUAAAGGAAAUGUUAGCGUUUUUCCUUUAAAAAGCAUAGACCUGGCCUGGUAUUGAUUGCUUUCAAGUUUGUUGGAUUAGGGUAGUAAGUGCCAAUUUUAACAUAAAACGAUUAAGUAAUCCCCACCCCCACUUCUGAUAAAAUAAUAAAAUGUAUUGGUACUUCAUUGAUCAUUAUUCAGUAAGAAAGGAAUGGAAAGUAGAAAAGUGCCAACUUUAUAUGUAUAUUGUAUUUUUUUUUUUCUAUCUGACACUGACAGAUGAGAUUGUAAGGCUGUAUAUACAAAGUAUAAUUAAAAAUCCAGUUAAGCCUUUACUUGAGUUAUGGGGUCUAUUAUAUAGAAGCUAAAGAAAAUACAACAUAUGCUAAUUAGGGACUGUUAAUGCUAUCUCAAGCAGCCAAAUAGAAAUAUCUUGCACACUAUGCAGCAGAAAUUAUUUCUGACUGUGAUCUGUAUGAUGCCAUUUGAAAUAUAUCUCAUUAUUAAAGGGACAGUCAACACCAGAAUUUUUGUUGUUUAAAAAAUAGAUAAUCCCUUUAUUACUUAUUCCCCAGUUUUGCAUAACCAACAGUUAUAAUAAUACACGUUUUACCUCUGUAAUUACAUUGUAUCUUUACCUCUGCAAACUGCCCCCUUAUUUCAGUUAUUUUGACAGAUUUGCAUUUUAGCCAAUCAGUGCUCACUCCUAUGUCACUUCACGUGCAUGAGCUCAAUAUUAUCUAUAUGAAACAUAUGAACUAAUGUCCUCUAGUGGGCAAAAUGCAUUCAGAGUAGAGGCAGUCUUCAAGGUCUAAGAAAUUAGCAUAUGAACCUCCUAGGUUUAGCUUUCAACUAAGAAUACCAAGAGCACAAAGCAAAAUUGGUUAUAAAAGUAAAUUGGGAAGUUGUUUAAAAUUACAUGCCCUAUUUAAAUCAUUAAAGUUUUUUUUGGACUUGACUGUCCCUUUAAUCAUUGUGUGUGUGUGCGCCACAAAUGUAUACAUAAAGGGACAUUCUAGUCCCUAUGAAUUUAAGGGGCAUUUAAAAGAUGCAUUUUUAAACUUUAAAGAAUGUCCGUUUGUAACUAUUCUGACUCUUCUAAAUGUGUGUUGCCAUGCAGCUCUUGUAUUCUCUUUAAACUGGUUGCAAGCAUUGCUGCAGUAUAGUCAUAAUGCACAAGAAUGUGUCUUUGUUGGGCAGUGGAGAAUGCAGGAGUCGAUGGUUUGUUCUUAAAACAUAUCCUUUUUUUUUUUUUUUUUAUCUACUUUUAGAUGUCCCUUAAAUUCACAGGAACUCUAAAGAUCAUAUCACAGCGGGUUAUUUCAAAUGGUUAUAAGUAUCCCCGCUAGUUUUAAACUACUGUACUUUCAAACCCGACUAUUAUAAUUAAACCCUUUAAAAGACAAAAAAAAAAAUCAUGAGCAUAUAUGUAAUAUGCAUAUGUUCAUCUAACCUUUGUACAUCUUUUCCACGAAAAUGUUAGUUUUUCUGUGAGGUAAGCCACCUACCAAGCUUUCAUGUGGUGAUUCCUAUUGACAUUGAAAGUUUCUUUUUAUUGGAAGUAAUAUCCUUUAAUUGAUUUUUUUACCACUCUUUAUCUUAGAACUAUAGUAUCUUUAAACUGCUUGUAUCCUCACAGUGUAGACCAUCCUGUUAAUCUGUAUUAUACCACUCCAACUGCCACAAAAUAUUUUAAUCUCUGCCAAAGGUGGUCAGUCUGAAGCUUAUAACUUCUUCUUUUUAAUUCAGUAAGAAUGUGCUUAUCUUUCCUGAUAUAUGUGUGUUACAUGUGCAGAUUUGUAUUGUUUCAGAUGCCAAGAGGGACACUGAGCCAGACUCCAAAAUAAAGUAAAGCACUGGUUGAUUACACCCAGUUAGCAACAUUCCAAGUUCCUUAAAGGAUUUUCCUUAUGUGGAACUCUGAUACAAUAUUUAAUGCAUAAUAUUUUUAUAUUACUAUUUUGUGAGUUCUGCAUUAAUACCUUAUUAAUGUGCCUAUAAAACCAUUUUCCCUCUCUGUCUUUAUUAAAGUUGGCAAUAGUAAAAAAAACUUUUUUUUUGUGCUGGAUGACAAUAAAAAUGCUCUGAUAUUUUUCAUGGA